CACCUGCCCCGGGCACCCUCGCCCGGGCCACCACGCCCAGCAGUGCUUCCUCCGCUUCCCUCAGGCUGAGACGUAGCUCCGGGCCCGGGGAGGUCCGGGAGGGAGUCGGUCGGACUCGGGGCUCUCCAAGCGCGCACUGAGCGACCGCCGUGCGGGGCCGGCCCCGGGAGGCCUUCGGGGUUGCUGCGGUCUUUAGGAAGACCAAGCAGAGAGCGCCGGCACACGUUCUCGCUCGAUGCCCUUGCCCUUGGCCCCUCGGCGGGAUGGAGCUCGGCGAGUCCGACCGGCAGGCGCGGCGGGGCUGGGGACUGUCGCCGCUUCCUCACUCUGCUCCUUGCUUCGCAGUGAAACCUCUUGUUUUCUUUGGAUCGGAAGCGACAGCGAGGGAGGGAGAGAGGGCUUUCAGCUCCAGCAGAGGAAAGAGGCCGCUUGGGGCAAACCGCACGGGGCUGCUGUCCAGAGAGAGGCCGAGUUUAGAUUUCCUUGACCCUUCUUGACAGUGAAUGUGGUCAGUCUGCCGCCAAGCUUCUCUCUUCACCAGCUUAGAGGCGGCAGCCGAGAACCACUAGUCAUAUGCUGAGUUAGGAGUUAUUAGCCUAGAGUCCAAGAGCGCCCCGAAAAUGACUGCAGGUUUUAGUUCCUUCAGACUGGCUCAGAAAUGGUUAAUAGAACCACUACAGUCUAAGCCCUACACUUUAGAUGCGCUUGUCUUCUGCCCCCAUUCUUGGAAUCGCCGACUCAAAUGCACCUGUCUUCUUUUUCCUUUUUCUUUGCAGCAAAGAAGUGUGAGAUACAAACCCUUGUUUCUGAGUUUAGUGGCUAUUGGAGAGACUAAAACAUAUGCAAGCUAAACUGUCCAGCAAAUUUCAGAGACACAUGUAAACAAAUGUGCAGUUUGGAGCAUGUGAACGUACUCUGAGCCUUGAUGAGUUCCAGUAUGUGGUAUAUUAUGCAGAGCAUUCAGAGCAAAUACUCUCUGUCAGAGCGCUUAAUCCGAACAAUCGCUGCCAUUCGUUCCUUCCCGCAUGACAACGUAGAGGAUCUCAUCAGAGGGGGAGCGGAUGUGAACUGCACCCAUGGCACACUGAAACCCCUGCACUGUGCCUGCAUGGUGUCGGAUGCUGAUUGUGUGGAGUUACUCCUGGAAAAAGGGGCUGAGGUGAAUGCCCUGGAUGGUUACAACCGAACAGCCCUCCACUAUGCAGCUGAGAAAGAUGAGGCUUGUGUAGAAGUCCUAUUGGAGUAUGGUGCAAACCCCAAUGCCCUGGAUGGCAACCGAGACACCCCACUGCACUGGGCAGCCUUUAAGAACAAUGCUGAGUGUGUUCGGGCCCUCCUAGAGAGUGGGGCUUCUGUCAAUGCCCUGGAUUACAACAAUGACACCCCGCUCAGCUGGGCUGCCAUGAAAGGCAAUCUGGAGAGCAUCAGCAUCCUUCUUGAUUAUGGGGCAGAGGUCAGAGUCAUCAACCUAAAAGGUCAGACACCCAUCUCCCGCCUGGUGGCUCUGCUGGUCAGGGGACUUGGGACCGAGAAAGAGGACUCUUGCUUUGAGCUCCUCCACAGAGCUGUUGGACACUUUGAAUUAAGGAAAAAUGGCACCAUGCCACGAGAAGUGGCCAGAGACCAGCAGCUAUGUGAAAAGCUGACUGUUCUAUGCUCAGCCCCAGGAACUCUAAAAACACUCUCUCGCUAUGCUGUGCGCCGUAGCCUGGGACUCCAGUAUCUGCCAGAUGCCGUGAAGGGCCUUCCACUACCAGCUUCUCUGAAGGGAUACCUGUUACUUGUGGAAUAGCCUGGAGGAGACACUUGCACCUUCAGGUAGGAGGCUCUGGGUGAGCUUUCUGCCUGCAGUGCCAUCUCUGCCUCGGAGAACAGAAGCAGUUGUCCCUGUUGUGGUUUAUGUUUUGAGGCAACAUGUCACACAGUAACCUCUACGGCACCCUCCCUCCCCAAACCAAACCACCAAACAAAAACAAAUCACUCACUUUUGUUUUCUGUUUAUUGCUUAAUUGGCUUUCAUUACUGUACCCUGCAAAAGAAGAGCCCCUCCCUGCCCUUUAGAGAAAAGGUCCAUAGUGCAACUACAUUUCUCUAGGAAGAUGAAGAGUAUUAAAGGAUGUUUGUUUGGUU